CCUAAAAAAUACAAUCGAUUCUAAAGUCUGAUGAUAAUAUAAUACAUGAAGUGUUUUGGAAGUCCCUAAUUAAGUUCCCGACGUAGAGGUUCACGCUGCAAAGAAGGAUGAAACGGCACCGGAGAGACCUAAAUGGACUUUGCUCGGUUUGAAGACAAGCCAGAAAACACACAAGACUCUACAACCGCUACAGGGUUUAGAAACAAAGAGAAAGCUCUUGUAACUUUCUCACGUUGCAUCAAUUUGAGAUUACAUGUUUUUUGAUUUGUUCACUUUAUGCCACUAAUCGUAUCUAACACGGUUUUGUUUGGAAGUUUAUAACUAAUUUCUUUGAAUCGGUGAUUUUAGUCAUAUCAGGUAUCGGCAUCUGAUGUUGAAUUUGGUAUCAAUUUUGCCUCACUGCAAGAAAGAUAACAAUAUUGAGUUCAAGGCUACCACAGGAGCAACCCUAAAUGAGCUUGUUGAACUUAAUUAAGAGUUGUUAGUCUUGUCUCUUCUUUGAGUGUAGGAAACACAAAGAUCUUUAUUUGUGGAUGUCCAAAUGCCUGAAUGCCCUACCCAACAUCUGUUUGGAGAUGAUGAAAUAUGGGAGCAUUAUGGUGGCGGGAGAAAGAAAACAAAUGAAAAUCUUCCAGAUGUAAUCCGCCCUAGCUACAAGAACACAAGGAGGAGAGCAUUGAGUAAUAUCAACAAGAACAUCAUCAGAGCUCCACCAACAUAUCCUUAUGCUGCUAACGGUUUACCAGGGGUAAAAAGCCAAAAUUCCAAAUUAUCUCUUAUGAGAUUGACACUGAAAACUUGA